AUGGCCCCUCCCAAGCGCGCCUUGUUCUCUCUGAACCUCGACACUGACGCAGACCACGUAUACCAAAAAGUCGAAGACCACAACAAGGACGGUGUAGACAGAGUUAAAGUCUUGGAAAGCAAAGGACCCAUUCACGGACACACGGAUUUGAGUUACGUGACGAGGCCGUUUGAGAAGACUGUUAAUCGAGCUGUUAACGAGGUUAUUGACGGAAGAAAAGUCAAGUCCGCGGAAGGAGAAAUAUCGUAUUCGACAACUAGAACUGAAAGACGAAGUGGUGGUACUUCUAGACGAAAUCAGGACACAGACGACGAAGACAGGGAGAAGAGUCGGUUGAACGUCGUUAGUAAGACGAAGAGAAGGAAUAUCGAGAGAAAGUACGACACUUCAGAACUUUGA